GUGUUUCAGUGUUGGGGAGUUUGCACACGGAAAGGGUUAAAAGUUUCGUUCCUUGGACCCACAUUCUGAUUAAAUCGCUUAGUCACCGCCGUUAACCGGGAGCAGCAGCGCCUCCCUGAGCCCUCGGUGAUUGGUUGUGGGGCUCGCCUUCCCACAGCCCGUCCUCAGCCCAGCAGGGCGGGGCUGGCUCUCCACGAAACUGAAUUGAGCUACAACCGGGCCGGGCGGCAGAAGGGAGAACUUAACCCUGUCCUGUCGCUCUAUGGAGCAGCGUGGAAAUGCUCUGGCCGCGUAGGAGAGGAGCACCGGAGCGGACAGCGGCCGUGUUUCCGUCCCAUCCUCCUCCGGUUCUGGUUCGGAUCGGGAUUUAAGCCGUUUGGAUCUCCCAAACCCAUCCGCGGUGGUGGGAAGAAGAGAAAACGCGUUUCUAUCACCGGUGCGCCGCAGUUAAAGAUGAUGUGACCAAACCAGUGAUCUUUUGCUGUCGGUGGCGGAGGAGAAAAAAAAAAGAGGAACAACUAAAAAUAAAAUAAAACAAACAAUAAUAAUCAUCACUCCUGGAGAUUAACUGAGCUGCUCGUUCUAAGGCUGGAAGGCCUGGGGUGAGACAGAGAAGAUGGCUGAACCACGGCGGGAAAGCACCAGCAGCCUGCAGAGGAAGAAGCCUCCCUGGCUCCGGCUGGACAUUCCCACGGCUCAGAUGUCACUAGACGAGCCUCCUACUUUUGUUCAGCCGGUGAAAAGGCAGGGGUUCCUUCGCAGUAUCAGCAUGCCGGUGGAGACGUCAUACCUCCAGUCUCCACCGCGUGAGCUCUUUGACACCCGGCGGCCUGUCUUUCAACGCCAGUCGUCCAUUACGCAGACCAUAAAGAGCAGCAGGCGAGUGCACUUUGAAAGGAUUAACACUGUGCCUGUUAAGGGGCACCGGGCUGCCCGCCGCAGCGUCAGGAAACACCAUUCUCUCUCCAGAACUCUGCUCAGGGGAACAGCGGACUGGUUUGGGGUCAGUAAAGAUGGCGACACCACCCAGAAAUGGCAGAGGAAGAGUCUGCGGCACUGCAGCCUCCGCUAUGGAAAACUGAAACCACAAGUGAUCCGAGAGAUGGAUCUGCCAAGCCAGGACAACAUUUCGCUGACCAGCACUGAGACCCCACCUCCUCUCUACGUGCCCUCUUCACAACAUGGCAUGCAAAAGAUUGUGGACCCGUUGGCUCGUGGACGAGCCUUUCGCAUGGUGGAGGAAGUGGACGGCUACAGCGUGCCUCAGACCCCCAUCACUCCCGGAGCCGCGUCGCUUUGCUCCUUCACCAGUUCCCGCUCAGGUCUCAACCGACUGCCUCGCCGGCGUAAGAGGGAGUCGGUGGCAAAGAUGAGCUUCAGGGCUGCGGCGGCGUUGGUCAAGGGCCGCUCAUUACGAGAGAGCACUCUAAGGCGAGCUCAGAGGCGAAGCUUCACUCCCGCUAGCUUCGUGGAGGAAGACAUGGUUGACUUUCCCGAUGAGCUGGACACGUCUUUCUUUGCAAGAGAUAUCCUGAUGCAAGAGGAGAUGUCCACGUAUGCCGACGAGGUGUUUGAGUCACCAUCUGAGAUGGCCAUCAAAGAGGUGGACCCCAGCUCCAAGAAGGAUGAAAAGGAGCUGACGGGCAGCGCCUUAGAUAAGACAGAGCUGGAGAGAAGUCACCUCAUGCUACCCCUGGAAAGAGGAUGGCGUAAAGCCAAAGAAGGAACCCCAGGACCACCAAAGGUACCCUUGCGUCAGGAGGUGGUGAGCGUUCACGGACAGCGGCGUGGACAGCGCAUCGUCGUACCCGUCAAGAAGCUUUUCGCUCGUGAAAAGAGGCCGUACGGGUUGGGCAUGGUGGGAAAGCUCACAAACCGCACCUACCGGAAGCGAAUAGAUAGUUACGUGAAGAGACAGAUAGAGGAUAUGGAUGACCACAGGCCAUUUUUUACAUACUGGAUCACCUUUGUCCAUUUACUCAUCACUAUAUUGGCUGUUUGCAUCUAUGGAAUAGCACCAGUUGGCUUUUCUCAGCAUGAAACUGUUGAUUCUGUUUUAAGAAACAAAGGUGUCUACGAAAAUGUCAAGUUCGUACAGCAGGAGAACUUUUGGAUCGGGCCUAGUUCAGAGGCCCUGAUCCACUUAGGGGCCAAAUAUUCUCCAUGCAUGCGACAGGACAGGCAGGUGCACGAUCUUAUCAGGGAAAAGAAAGCUAUCGAACGCAACUCUGCUUGCUGUGUUCGGAACGAUCGUUCUGGCUGCGUCCAAACUUCAGAGAAGGAAUGCUCGAGUACUCUAGCUGUGUGGGUGAAGUGGCCACAGCAUUCCAGCACUCCUCAGUUAAAUGGCAAAGACAGACAGUACGGCUCGGUGUGUCACCAGGACCCCAGGAUUUGUCUGGAGCCUGCUUCAGUGUCGCCUCAUGAAUGGCCCGAUGACAUAACGAAGUGGCCGAUUUGUACCAGGUACAACACAGGGAACCACACCAACCUGCCUCACAUAGACUGCACCAUCACAGGCCGACCCUGCUGCAUCGGAACCAAAGGGAGGUGUGAAAUCACAUCCAGGGAAUAUUGUGACUUCAUGAAGGGCUACUUUCACGAGGAGGCGACUCUUUGCUCUCAAGUGCCCUGCAUGGAUGAUGUCUGUGGACUGUUGCCUUUCCUGAACCCUGAGAUUCCAGAUCAGUUUUACAGGCUCUGGCUCUCUCUCUUCUUGCAUGCUGGGAUCCUUCACUGUCUGGUUUCAGCAGCUUUCCAGAUGACCAUACUGAGAGAUCUGGAGAAACUGGCAGGCUGGCUGCGCAUCUCAAUCAUUUACAUCCUCAGCGGCAUCACCGGCAACUUGGCUUCAGCCAUCUUCCUGCCGUACAGAGCAGAGGUGGGUCCAGCUGGCUCUCAGUUUGGGAUCCUGGCCUGCCUGUUUGUGGAGCUGUUCCAGAGCUGGCAGAUCCUGGCCCAGCCCUGGAGGGCCUUCAUCAAGCUGCUGUGCGUGGUACUCUUCCUCUUUGCCUUCGGCCUGCUGCCCUGGAUCGACAACUUUGCCCACAUAUGCGGCUUCAUCUCGGGCUUCUUCCUGUCCUUCGCCUUCCUGCCGUACAUCAGCUUCGGCCGCAUGGACCUGUACCGCAAACGCUGCCAGAUCAUGGUCUUCCUGCUGGUGUUUGUCGGCCUCUUUUCAGGCCUCGUGGUGCUCUUUUACGUCUACCCAAUCAAGUGCGAGUGGUGUGAACUGCUUACCUGUAUCCCCUUCACAGACAAAUUCUGCGAGAAGUACGACCUCAAUGCUCACCUUCAUUAAAGCGUAGCAGGAAGGCAUCAGAUCAGUGUGGACUAGAUGGACUAUUCCCCUUUUUUUCUAUGAACGAAAACAUGUUUGUGUUCUUUUACUCUGUUAUGAAUACCUAUACUCCUCAUAAGGACUUUUUUUUAACUUUCCUGUUCACGUAUUGUCAGUCCUUUACUGUCCAGUGACACAAAGCUAUGGCACUCAUCAAGGAGCCCUGUUUACCUUUACACAAGAAACGGCGACCGGAGAGGCCGGCGCUGGCACCGGGAGCAUCAUCGUCUUCGUUCACAACUCAGAGAACGCUUCUAUUCUUUUUCAGUCAACCUUCGAACCGAAGCAGGGACAAUAAUCUUGAUACCUUUGGUGCCUUGUCGAUAAAUGUACCAACUACUGCCAUAUUUUUUGUUACGUUAUGCUGAGCACAYGAAUGUUUCCUUUUGUUUAUUGCUUCUCGAGAAGUGAUUAUUGUUUUGAACAUGGUAGUGUUUUAGCUACCGCUCAUGUAACUGAAAAAAGAGGAAAAAAACAGUAAAAAAAAGAACUAAAUGGAAAUACUACUUUUUUAACUCUCAAAAAAAAUGCCUGCUAAAUGUUGUUCUGUAGUUUUAUUUAAAUCGAGCAACAAUAAAACAAGCAUUUUUGCUACUAAUAUUCACAA